CAAGUGACUGUUAUUUACUUCUUUAUUUGUCUACAUAGCCGGCACCAUAUUAGAACCAAAAAAAAACUCUUAUAUUAAAUUAAAGCAAAAAUACUACAAAAGUAUGGGUGAUUUUGUGAAAAAUCCCAUUCGUUUCGAGGAUUUGAUCGAAGGAGGAGCACGUUUUGAAAUUGAUGUAAACAAAGUGGACUUGGAGACGGAUAUGUUUGAUGUAAACGAUGAAGAUAUAGAAGAGGUAAAUGAAGACGAAAUCGAAAAGAGCCCAUGGCUGUUAGACUUCAAUUCGUUGCGGAAACAAAUGGUUCCGCUUUCCAAUUUUCUGUACAAGAAAAUUACCAAACAAGGGAGCUUAGCCAUCCCGAAAAAUUCAAGAGUGGUUGUAGACUACAAUGCUUACUUUGAGCGCGAGGAGCAUUCCUACGAUUCGACGUACAUGCGUGGAAAGCCCUUGAAAAUUCGUUUAGGCUAUGGUGAAGUACUGGAGGGACUUGAAGAGGCGGUUAAAAGCAUGAAGAAGGGCGAAGAGGCACAAUUUGUUAUUUCGUACAACAUUUUGUACGGAGAAAAUGGCUGUCCACCACGCAUAAAGCCCAAAGCGGAUGCACUUUUUAUCAUACGUUGCAAGGAUUUUACCGAAUUGAUGCCAGAUACCAUAGAUACUACUGAACAAACAGCUUUUACAUUCACUUACAAAAAGGCUGUUUUAUUUGAUGGCGAAGCAAAAGCAGCUUUUCGCAAGCGAAACUAUCUUCUUGCCAUUACAAAGUACAAGAAAGCUAUUGACCAAAUCCAAUUCGUUAAUUUGAAGGAUGAGCAUGAGGAGAAGUUACAAAAGGAUCUACUUAAGAAAUUUUUCCUUAAUUUGGCAGUGACAUACAAUUUGCAAGAUCAACCGAAAAAAUGCUGCAUCAUGAUCAACAAUCUCAAUGAGCUCGAGAGCAUUCAAAAUAACCCCAAGGCCUUAUAUCAACAAGGAAAGGCAUUGCAUCGUAUUGGUGACUUUGAGAAAGCCAGAAAGAGCUUACGUCGUGCCGUCCAACUCAAACCGGAUGACGAGCUGAUUGCUAAGGAAAUUCGCCUGCUUGAGAGUCAGAUUAAAAAGUUCAAGGAAAACGAGAGAAAAAUGUGCGAAAAAGCGUUCGGUGUGAUUACCAAUACAAUUGCUAAAAAUGCAGCAAACGAAAAAGAGGGCGAAACAGAUGAAGCUACCACUAAUUUAUUCAAGAAACGUAUCAAAGAGUUCAUGGAUGGUCAAGUUUCAUCGAUUUUAUUACCGGGACCAUUAGAUGACAGCAUUGUUAAAUGCAUCCAAAACUUGGAGAAAGUAUUUGAUUUCAAAUUGGAAAUCAAUGAUACAUCGAACGAAGUUUAUUACAAACUUAAGAAAAUAUGAAGAAAACCUUCUUAAGGUUAACGACUAAUCGACUAAUUAAUUACCUCAUGUUCCUUUGUAUUCUUUCCAAAUAUGUACUAUGAUUAAACUGAUAAUAAUAGAUUCUGAUUCAAAUAU